AUGUAUCCUCUGCUCAGUGGAGGAGCAGGAUGGAGGAAAGAAGAAGCAGAGGGAUAUACAGAUGAAAGCUCAGCGGCAGAGCGAGCCAGUAAAUGGAUUCGCUCUUGGGAGAAAAGUGGGAAAUGGCUGUUAGCUACACAACCCCGAGGAGGGGUAGGACGCAAAAGGAAGGCAUGGGAACGGGCUGCGAGGGAAAAGGAGGAAGGCAAAGCGAAGGGAUGCAAGCGAGGCAGACAGAACGGGACGGCACAGACAUGGGGGAGCUCUGGCAGUUUAAAGAUGAAACUCUCCCGUGCUGAAUACAAAGAGAUCGCGAGAUGGACAGAGCAUCUGAGACCAACAAGGCAGUGUAUGAAGAUGUUAAAGGAACGAUUUCCGAAUCACUCGCAGUCCACUCUUCUGAGCAUCUUCUCCCUGGAGUACCAGAAACGGACUAAAAGGACUAUUUCAAAGCACCAUGCGCCUGACGUCGUUGAAAGCUACUACCAGAGGUAUCUGAGCAAGGCCAUGGCACAUCCCUCUGCUCCUGUCUUGUUGGAAUUGGCCAAUGAGGUGGAUUUGUCUCCUGCACUGAUGGCUCGCAUCAUCCUAGACAGGUUCCUCCAGGACCUAGAGGGUGGAAUGCCCUCUAAAUCCAUCCUCAACAGUAUGCUCAAGGAACCAUCAUUAAUACCAGACCAAACCUUGGCCAAGAACGUAUACCAAUGCACAGUAAACGACUGCUGUUAUGGACCACUGGUAGACUGCAUCAAACAUGCUAUUGGCCAAGAACACGAGGUGCUGCUGUGUGACAAACUCAAGGAGAAAAAUUUGUCCUUCCUGGAUGAAAACCAACUGAGAGCUAAAGGUUAUGACAAAACACCUGAUAUCAUCCUGGAGGUUCCUGUUGCUGUGGAGGGACACAUUGUCCACUGGAUUGAGAGCAAAGCAUCAUUUGGAGAUGACCACAGUCACCGCACCUAUCUCAAUGAACAGUUUUGGAGCUACUGGAACCGAUUCGGCCCUGGUCUUGUCAUCUAUUGGUACGGUUUCAUCGGUGAGCUGGACUGCCAGAGAGACCGAGGUAUUCUUCUCAAAGACUGCUUCCCUACGGACAUCGUUGCCCUCGGACAAACUGGUCAGAAGGACUGA